GUUACAUUUUUAAUCCAUUUUAAUAAUAGCAAUAAAAUUAAUAUCUUUUCCCUGAAAUUAUGAAUGUGCAAAUUUAAACUUAACCUAGUUUUUUAUAAAAUUUAUUUUUUUGUGUCAUAUAGUUCAGGGAUCUGAACUGAAGGCAUGCUGCUAAUAGCAGUAACACUUUCUCAACCAAGAAAGGCCAAAAAAAAAAAUUAUUUUGUGCUAUUUGAUUUGUAUUUACAAAGCUUUAGAAUCUAGGAUACUUUGUUAGCUUUAUUACUUAAAGUUUUUGAAGUAUCCUAGGCUUUAAAGCUAUGUAAAUAUAUACAAAAUUUUUUCUUAUGUAUAUUUAUAUUACCUUAUAUUUGUUUAGACAUAAUGUUUGCUACUACAUUAUUAAAGAAAGCACAAACGUUACAUAAUUCUAAAGAUACAAUACAUAGUUCUGCUUCAUCAAUAAAGAAUAGUAAAUCCAGUUGUUCAAAUGUAACAAGUACUAUAGUUCCUGACAAUACUGAUAAUACUGAAAAUAUAGUUCACAAAUAUACUUCUUCUAGCACUGAAAACAUUUCAGAUACGCUAAAUACUGAAGUAAAUAUAGAAAAAUGGGAACAUAAAGCUGUACUUCUUUUAAUAUCUUUAUAUAAAGAAAAAUCAUAUAUGCUGGGAAAAGGUUCUCAUAAAAAAAUGUGGAUAGACAUUUCCAAGUGUAUGAAGGAAAAAAAAUAUAAUUUUACAGGCAACCAAUGCAAUAAUAAAAUGGAUGCAUUGAAGAGACGAUAUCGUCAAAUUGUUGACCAUAAUGCUCAAAGUGGAAACGAUAGAAAAGAUUGGAUAUAUUUAGAUGUAUUAGAUAAUAUUUUUCGAAAAAAACAUUGGAUAAAACCAUUAUCUGUAGCAGGAUCAAAUAUUAAAGAACCUGAACAUUCUCCAUUAACUGACAACAGUGAUGAGAAUGAAACACCAGUUAAGCAAAGAAAAAUCUCAUUAACUGAAGCAAGAGCAAAUUAUUUGACACUUUCAUUAGAAGAAAAAAGACUAAAAAGAAAAGAAACUGCCAAUUAUAGAGCUACAAAGUUACAAAUAUUAAGAGAAAUAAAAGAAGCAUUAGGGAAACAGAAACAAUAGUAAUAUGCAUAUAUGAAGAGAAAAUGUAAAAAGAGAAAAAAA